AUGCCCCAGCUCGCGCGUUCUGCAGGCUACCCCAAGAACCUCGUGAUCUUGUGCAUCCGCUGUUACACCUUUCUUGUAGUGAACUACAUCUGCCAAGGCCUCAUCCUGUACAUGAUUGCCAAGGAAGAGCUCGUGUGGGAUGCCUUUGCAGGGCAGAUGUUUUUAUGCGAUUUUGGACGAAGUGCUGGCGACUGCGUCGACGAUCCCACUGGACCGAACUGUGUGGGCCCAGGAGGGACGACCUACGCCCCUGCACGCAUCUACAGCUGGAGCGUCUGGUCGACACGCAUCUAUGUGCGGGAUGCACUCAAAGCAGUGUUUCCCGAGAAGGCGGCCGAGAUUCAAGAGCUCGUGGACCCCGGCGAGUACGGCAUCGAGAGCUACUCGUGCCGGUGGCUUUGCUGCGCCCUUUUCACCGCGACGCUCUUGGGAGACCUCGUGGGAAGCAUCAACAUUCUUCGGAUGCUGUGGGACAUCCCAAACAAGGCCGAAAGUUGGUUGGAUUACGAAGUUCCGGACUGGGCCGAGAAGGAGCAUGCCAAAUCAAUCCGCGGAUGGUCGGAGAUGGAUCUGUGCAAGCUGAAAGUCGCUGGAAUGCCGCUUUCUUGGAAGCUCAUCAAUAUCUUCUUGGUGGUCCUUCCGAAACUGCUUCUUUGGAGCCUAACCGCCCAAGCGGGCAUCACGUUCCUCAUGGAGACCUCCACUAUUGACGAUCUAGUUGUCAACUCUGUCGCUCUGGCGUUCAUCCUGCAAAUUGAUGAGCUUCUCUGCAGUGAGCUGAUGCCUGAGACCAACAGGGCCAUUGUCGACAUGCUCGAGGACUACGAGCUGCAAGGCUACGAGGAGGCCAACACUGUUGAACAGAUGAAGGACAGUGAGCUGCUGGAGGAGUACGAAGAGAAGUUGAAGCGGGACUGGUCGUGGAUGGAGCUUGCCAAUUUCGUCCCCUUCAAGCUGCUAUUGGUGACAGCGUUCACUGUCCUUUUCGUCGAGCUGUACUACUGGAGGAACUGCGUCCGUGGUCCAGAUGGUGGUAUGGUUUCCAAGGACAUGCACUAUCCACAAAGCACCCGUUUCAGUUGCUCAGCUCAAAACAGUCUCGUUGCGUGUUCAGGCCCUCACCACUACCGAGCAUUCAGGUCACACGACCUUGUUGGUAGAAGUCACGUUGUAGUAGCUGUAUGUAUCCCUAUGAUGAAGGUGAUUUCUAGCAUUGGCAGGACGCGUGAGAUUGAGUUGUGCCGGCUGGUACACAGGUUGUUCUGGUAG